UAGCAUAAAUUGAAGCUCUCAUCAUCACAUACACCAUAACACCACCGUCUUAGCUUCGUUAUUCUACUUGCUUCCACCCAUCAUGGCCAACAACACUGGACACGUGGCAGUUUUUGCUUUCCCCUUUGGAAGCCACCCCCUUCCUCUCUUCAACCUUGUCCUCAAACUCUCUCACGCUGCUCCUAAUCUCUCCUUCUCCUUCAUCUCCACCCAAUCAUCCACCCAGACUCUCAUCUCAAAAUCCCCACACAACAACAUCAACUUCAUCUCCUAUAAUGCUCACGCGCCACCACCUCAUCAGUCUCUUGAGAUGGUCAACCUUUUCCUUCAACAAGCCACCCCUCAAAACCUCCAAAAACCCAUAGACAUGGCCGUUCAACAAACAAACCACAGAGUAACAUGCAUCAUUGCAGAUGCUUUUGUUCUUCCUUCCUUCCUUGUUGCUCAGAAUCUCAGUGUUCCAUGGAUCCCUGUUUGGGCUCCACUCUCAUCUUCCCUCUCUGCACAUUUCUACACUGAUAUCAUACGCCACAAUUAUAACAAUUCAUGUUCUUCCUUGGAUUUUCUUCCAGGUUUAAACAUGGUACGUGUUGAGGAUCUUCCAGAGGAUGUGAUCAACGGUGGAGAAAACGAGACUCUGUUUUCCAAGACUCUAGCUUCGUUAGGAAGGGUUUUACCUCACGCCGAAGCAGUGGUUAUGAAUUACUUUGAAGAACUAGACCCUCCUAUGUUCGUUUCAGACAUGAGGUCAAAGCUCAAAUCCAUGCUCUACGUCGGUUUCCUCACCCUGAAGCUGCCGCUGCCGCCGUUGCCGCCCUCUGAAACCGACUCAACCGGUUGCCUGUCGUGGCUGGACACGCAAGGUUUAAGAUCCGUUGCAUACGUAAGCUUCGGGACGGUGGUGACGCCGCCGGAAAAGGAGAUAGUGGCUGUAGCAGAAGCACUGGAAGAGAGUGGUUUCCCAUUCCUGUGGUCGUUAAAGGAGCAUGCAAAGAAGCUUCUACCAGAAGGGUUUGUUGAGAGAACAAAAAGCAAAGGGAAAGUGGUUCCAUGGUGUCCUCAGAGUGAGGUCUUGGGACAUGGUAGUGUUGGGGUGUUUGUGACUCACUGUGGGUGUAACUCGGUGUUCGAGAGCAUCUCUAAUGGAGUACCCAUGAUUUGUAGGCCGUUUUUUGGGGAUCAAGGAAUGGUAGGGAGAAUGGUGGAGGAUGUGUGGAAGAUCGGAAUGAGAGUUGAAAAUGGUAUUGUGUUGAGCAAAGAUUGGUUGGUGAAUGGGUUGAAUGCGAUUAUGGUUGGAGAAGAGGGGAAGAAGAUGAGGGAGAAUGCUCAGAUUCUGAAGAAGAAGAUUAUGGAUGCAGCUUCUCCAGGAGGGAAGGCACCACGUCAUUUCACCUCUUUGCUCCAACUCAUUCUUUCUUUCUCUCAUCAUUGCUAGACAAAAGUGAAAACUCAGAUGCAAUCGACUUUAGGUGAAGUUAUAUUUAAAAGCCAUUAGAUGAUUUGACUAAAUUUUUAUCUAACGACUCUCAAAUAUCAAUUUUACAUAAAAUUGGUUGCACCUAAGUUUUUACCUAUUAAAUUUUAAGUUAGUUAAAUAUAUUAAAUUAUUUUAAUAUUUUUUAAUUAUUAAUUUUACUUAAAAAUGAUUGCCGAUGAGACUCCAGUUCAUUGAUGCCUAAUAAAUAAGUUUAUGUUGUUUCUGGUAAUUUGGUUCAUCUUUCAGUUUUCAAGUUUACAGUGUUUCAAUCAUUCGAAUAAAGAUGUAUGUUGUGUAAAUUCAUGAAUUUGGUGUCUAUUGUUUAGACAAUAAAUUUUAAUUAUUUAUCUCA